AUGUCGGAGGCCUUAAGGCUCAGUCAAGACAAGAGGUGUGAGAGUUGGAUCACAGACGAAGAUCUCUGCGAUGCGGUGGCGUUCGUGGGACCUGAACGCCAGCGUGUGCCAUUCCUUCGAGCACCUUUGGCCACCCUCUCCAAGCCGCUGAAGGUUGCGUUGUAUGGCGAGUUUCGAGAAGGCCGUACACGUGAACUCGUCUUGGAGGAUGUGACCGUUGAUGCCUUUGAUGUCAUGAUGAGGACAGCGUACCAUUUGGAGCCCAAACUGACUCCUCCCAGGGCAAUCAACACGUUGAAAGCUGCAAAGUUGUAUAUGAUAGAAGAUCUGGAGAAAUAUUGCUGGGACUACUUGCGUGAUUUGGAAGGGUUAGAUAGCACAUUGAUUUUGCAAACCUUGACGGAGUGCCUGAAGUGUUCUUUUGAUCUACCAGAAGAGCUACAAUGCACAUAUUGGAGCAACAUUCUGUCCAAGAGCGCAUCAGUUGUGCAGUCGCCGUUCUUUGUUGAAACACACGGCUCUGUCAUAGCCAAGUUGGUCAAACUUGAUGAGUUUCAUGUCAAUGAAGAAACGCUGUGGAAUCGCUUGGUAGAGUGGUCGGCGAGUGCCGUCCAGAAACCAGAGCUGCUGGGGCCAUUUGCGGAUGCGACGCCUUGCCAACCAGCGAAACGUGCCAAGACGAAUGAUGACGAUUCAAACAGCAGUGGGCCGAGCGAAACGGCGCAAAGAGACGCCAUUUUGCAGUUUAUGUCGCCGCACAUACGCUUCAUACAAAUGAAGAAGGAUUUUUUUGUAGAUAAAGUUAGGCAACACCUGGAUCGCAAGGACAGUGAUGCGGUCAUUGACUACUUUUUGUUAGGCCGGGAAUCAGAAGGCUUGCUGGCCAAACGGCGCGAUGGACUCAAAGAUCCCAUUGUCAAGCCUGAGGAGAGUUUUCCCUAUGCGCAAGAAAGGAAACUUAAAUUUGAAAGACCCAUCUUGGUCACCAAGGUGGAAUUGUCAUACAUCCAAUAUACAGGUGCGUGGACUCAACCGAGUUUUCGAUGGACAGUAACUGCUGCAAACCAGACAUUUGAACAAUCCACAAAUUUCAACGGCACAAGUGUCAUGGUCAUUGCUCUCCAAGACCCUUGUGAUGAAUUGGUGAUCGACAUUUCAGGGUGCCGCUACGUGCAAACCGUUCAUGUCACGGGGAAGAAGUGCACACCACGGGUCGAACUGGCUGACUUGGCAGUGCAGCGAUUGUCGAAGGAUCUCUUGAUGACACCGCAGCGAUCACUUGGGUCUGAGACGAGCAUCUGUUGGAGCGGUGCGGUAGCUGCCACCACAUGGCCAGAAAUUCUACUGCUGGCAGGGGAAGCGUCCAAACGAUCUCUGACUUUGGGAUCAGCGGGAAGGAACGCUGUUGUGUCUGCAUUGGGGCGAGGGCAGCAGUGGAGGCGAAGCGUGGACAUGGUCAGGAGCCUGGUUCCACUGCGCUUGGUCGAUUCCAUCAGCUACAAUGCGCUGCUGGCAAGCUACCUGGUGAAACAGAGAUGUGAGUACUGGGUGGUUGGUGAGAUGUCGGAAGAUCGCAUGGCCGUGGACAACAUCGGAUACAACGCCCUCAGCAGCAGCUGCGCAAAAUCGUCGUCGUGGGGUCAGGCGUUUCAUGUAUUGGAGCAGAUGGCCCUGGUCCAGUUGCAGGUGGACGUGGUGAGCUUUGCAACCAAGGUGGAGGCGUGCGUGGCCUCCUGGGUCUUGGCCGUGGAGGCUCUCAACAGCCUCCAAGUGGUGAACAUUGAACCAAACCAACUGGUUCUCACCAGCGUCAUCAGUGCUCUUUGCGACUUGAAGGGAGCCUGGACAACUGCGCUUCAGACACUAACGCUAUCACCAUUGCCAGCUUCAGAGAUAGAUACAUCCUUUCUCAGCGUCUUGAUGCGCAGCUGUUCCACCUCGGGGCGCUGGAGAUCCGUCGUGGCGCUUCUCCGUGGCGCGCAUGGCGCGAGCUUCAGCACAGCGGAGCGGCAGAGCUUCAGCACGGCGAUGGAAGCGGUGCCUUCGUGGUGCUGGGAGCAAAGCCUGAAGUUGUUUCAGGAGAUGCUUCGAUGCCGUUCCGCUGAUCUGGUCGCCCAUGAACUACUCGUGGCCUCAUUGGAAAGUGGCACUGCUGGAACGAUGGGGCUGCUGGGGCUGCCACGUGUUUUGCAGGAAGUCUCCGAUUCUGCCAGACUUUCUCUGAAUCCAAGGGGGUGGAAAAUGCGCGGAUGA